UUCCGGCCGUCCUUCUCGCCGCACGCUCGCCGGCCAACCGCAGUCGUCCAGCGCGCGUUUGCCCUCGUCGCGCGGACCUGCCACUCCGACGGCUACCAGGAGUAGCUGCACGCGCGCACGAGGUGCCCAACGCCUGGAGGAGGUCCAGGAAGACAGCCGGAGAAGCGGGUACCACUGCGGCCGGCACCGUGCCAACCGAGCUUUCACUCGUCAAACCGAUCGAUCGUGUAGUACCAUCGAGACGAGCUUCUUAUCGAUAGACAACUGCCAAGAGUUUUAUCGGCUCGCGUUACCGAAACGACCUAUCGUUUGGUGAUAUUCUCGUUGAUUUCUCUUUAUCGGACCAAUCGCUGCGUAUAAAUAGUUGGCGACAAGAUCGAACUUCUCUUUGCGAGAUUAUAUUUGCUCCAAUUAUACUGUAAAUAUAGAAGGAAGAAUGGCAGUUGGAAGAUCGAAGCGGAUGGAAAGAAGCGCAUGCACCGGAGAAGCAAGAAGAUUUGUUAUCGAGUGUUGAGAGAGAAACGAGAGGAUCGGAUCGUUGGAGUUUCGGAGAGUGGCGCGCGCCAACGCUUUCGAGUUAGAACAUCGUGCUAAUUGGUGUAUCGUUGUUAAAGCACGAGCAAACUGUCUCCGUGUUACCCUUGAUCGUCGUUAACCGUAAUAUCGCUGAUGCUUCGCCGGGCCUCGCGAAAUCCAGAUUAAACGUACAAAAAUUCUAUGUAUUAGAAAUUGAAGAAAUUGAAAGAAGAAGUUCCGAGCACCGACGAAAGUCGAAUAAUUUCUCGAGCAGCCUAACUGAGUAUUUCGUUCGGCGAAGGAUCGAAGCGUCGAGAAACGAUGAGCGUCGAUCGCGGCAACGACGACGAAGCAAACGACUCGAUAGCGUCUCUGUUCGAAGAUGACAUUUAACCUACGUCCUACGGAUAGAUCGCGUUGAUCGCGAGUCAUUAACGAGACAAUCGACGCGUCGAGCUUUGACGACGCGUGCAAACACAGGAUCGAAGCGGAGAGAAACUCGUCGUGACCUGUCAUACGUCGUAGGUGUAUCAUUAUAGAGUCUGGUUUCUCUUGACGCAUUCGAACACUCGUGAAAGCGGAAUCGCUUCCUGCGACGAUAAGUGUCACGGAAGAUCGGUGUCUAAAUUAUGCCGAGAAUCGUGGUUUCGCCGUGAAUCAAAACGGAGAUGAAAGAUUGAAAGAGAACUUUCGCAAGAACUUUUGACGCGAAUACGAUCGACUAUUGGUGGCAACUCUGGUUCUUCCGGACGAGAAGAGGCGGUUCUUAUUCAGGGAAAAAUCAACAGACUAUCGCGGAAAUCCUUGGAUCAAUAUGCCGCAUACAGGUCAAGCAGGAGUUAAUCAAUUGGGUGGUGUGUUUGUUAACGGAAGGCCAUUGCCCGAUUGCGUUCGACAAAGAAUCGUACAGCUCGCUUUGGUCGGCGUCAGACCUUGCGAUAUCUCACGGCAACUUCUUGUGUCUCAUGGAUGCGUCUCGAAGAUUCUCACGAGAUUCUACGAGACAGGAAGCAUUCGACCAGGAAGCAUCGGAGGAAGCAAAACGAAACAAGUGGCCACCCCCACCGUCGUGAAGAAGAUUUUACGAAUGAAACAAGAACAACCAACAAUGUUCGCUUGGGAGAUCCGAGAACAGCUGGCGCGACAAGGAGCUUGCGAUCCCCAAAGCUUACCCUCCGUCUCCUCGGUAAAUCGAAUUCUCCGAGGCGGUGGACUUCAUACGGAUCACACGGGGAUCGAGGGUGGUUCACCGAGCACGUACGCCUCGCAAGUUUCCUCGAACGUCGCCAAUAGAGACACACUCAUGAGAACGGAUUACCAAUUAUUUUAUCCGGGAUCACUGGGACCGUUGCACAUUUCCACAACUUCCGGCAAUACCAGCGCACCAUCUUGGAAUCCAAGCUUUUACUCGUCUCUUUAUCAAGCAACUACGCUGCACUUGCAUCAUGGAAUGCAAUCAUUCACAUCGUUAGACGUGGAACGUCUGUCGGAACAAAGCGGACCAACGAACCAGGUCGAUUUAAAAUCCAGCUCGAGCUCGAUGGCGGGCAGCGACGACUCCUUGGACAAGAGCGACCUGGACGAGAACACGGAGUCCCAAGACCACUACAAGCCUUUCCAAAAUUCGCCUAUAAUCCUAGAGCUCGGCCAGAAGAUCGGCAGCGAUCGUAGCGCGUUCGUCAGACACAGUACAACCGGCUCGUCCGGAAACCUCGAGAAUCGACAGAGUCCACCGCCAACAAGCGGUGACAAGCAGAAAAUAGCGUCUCCGCGAAUCUUGGAAACGGGAAACGAGCAGAGCACCAUGGCCAAAGAAGCGGCGGUCGAAGGAAGACCGGCGCAACCUCAGAGAAAAAGGAAUCCUUACUCGAUAGAAGAGCUCCUGAAGAAAGACGAAGGCAAAAGCACCUCGAAGAGGCCGAAAUUGACUAAUCUCGGGGUGGUUCAACCCUGUGGAAUUAUCCUGAACAAGGAAAUCUGAAGGAUUGCGGCCGAGAGUUAAAUAAAACGGAGAGAAAGAAGAAUAUUUCAAGAUCUGAUAAGAUAGAGGCUAAAAGAUGAUCGUCUGGAUUUGGGAGAAUUUUCGACAGACAGAAUCAAGGAUGAUGGUGUUUGGAUGGUGAAUGUCGAGGAUGAAGAUGCGAUUGUUUGAAAAUGAAAUGAAUGGACGAGCUAGGACAGAGGGAGGUGUAUGGUCGGAACGAUCGAUGGAUGUUGCGACGAUGAAAUUGAGCUAGGUUUAUAUUAGAUAUUCGUGGCUCUGUAUUUUUCCGAUUUAUCGAUACAAAAAAAAGAACUUCUAAAUACUUUAUUUAGAAAAAUACUUCAUUCUUGGAAUAACGAAUCGUUGAGAAACCAUUUAGUCUUGUACAAUACUUAUUUAUUAAACUCUCGUUUUAAGAGGAUUAAACUACGUCCGUUAAAGAGAAAUGUAACAUAGUUUAGCAAAAAGGUGGAACAACACCAAAUUCAACGCUUGAGAAAUUACAUUGUAAAGGAAUAAAAACAAAACGGUUGAUAAGAUCGGUACACCUUUAUAGAUAUGCGAAAAUCUCGAAAAUUAAAGCGAUCGUCGUUGUACUAUCGAUACGGAGAAAAAGUAUAAAUUAUAUGUAACAUUAGUAUAAAUCGUCGAUUAUGUAUUGUUGACCGCAAUAUCGUAGGUUAAACGUAAGUCUGUUAAGAUAAUUUAUAAUUAAAUUAUUUUUAUUCAUUCUUCCGCGUCCGACACCGUCGAUGAUCUGUCUUUUCGAAGAAGAAAGGAAAUCAUCGAUAUUAUGCAUAAUAGCGGGACGAUAAAAUACGAUAAAGGAAAUUCAUUGACGCAGGUGUUCUAUCAGUUUUGAUGAUUUUCAACAGGAUCAGUUUUGUGAUCUCCGAAUACUGAGAUUUUUCUGUCGUGUAAUUUGUGUGUGGUGUAUGAUUUCGUUUUGAGAGCGGGACGAUGCCAUAUUAUUAUGUACGAUAUUUAACUUUAAUUUAGUCAAAGAAACUUUGACGUAUUCUAAUAAAGUGAAAUGGCUAGUAACCUUAAAAAUAAAAAGAAAUCCUUUUUUUAUCCAUCGUGCCGAAGCAAGAGGUACCCGGAUCGUUCAAAUCCAUCAUUU